AUGCCUCAUCCACAACCAGACCAACAUGUACACAUUCCCAAUAUCAGGCUAACGCCUGCUCACACGUUAGGGCGUAACAAACAUUUGACUGACAGUUUGAGGCUGACCCCCAUACCCCUCGGAUUCAAGGGCCCUUCUAACAUCGCCACGUAUGUUGGCGACGCCGAUCCUUUUGAGUGGAUCCAGAAAUUCGAAGAAGCUAUGACACUCCAAGGCGAAACAGACCUUCUCAUGUGCAGGACUUUCCCAACACUUUUGGGAGGGAGAGCGCUGACAUGGUACACCACCCUACCAACUGGCAGCAUCGCGUCCUGGGAUGAUCUAGCAAGCAAGUUCCAGUCCCAUUUUGUAACUAGCCGCCAUGUGCCAAAGUCCGUCCAUUCCCUUGAGAAGAUUCGACAACAAUCGGGCGAGUCCCUUAGAUCCUUUCUUGACCGUUUUGAUAAAGAGGCCCUACAAGUGCAAGGCCUAGACCCAAAGGUGCAGGUACAUAUACUCCUGUCAGGCUUACGACAAGGAGAGUUCGCGUCUGAACUUGCUCGUCAUGAGAUUACUGACUUAGAAGAAGUCAGGGAAAAAGCACAAGAAUUCAUGAGAAUUGAAGAAUACAAAGGGAGCCGAGCUGGUGACUCCCACAAUCAAGAAAGGACGGUCAGUAAGGGAAAGAACCACACUGAUGAAAGUAGAAAGGGUUACCAAACAUCCACUCGUUCCACUCGCCCUUCAGAACGCCGGUCACACAGUGUCCUACAAAUCGAAUACAAAGAGGAACCCAAGAGUAACCAACGGCCCCCGCAGCCAACCCGAGAAGCCGCAUCAUAUUGCAAAUUUCACCGCAGCAACGGUCACAGCACGGAGGAAUGCAGGCGCCUCAAGGAUGAGAUUGACGAACUCAUCAAAGGUAGUACUCAAAGGCGUGGAGGAGAUAGUGCACGUUCUUCAGGAAAUGGAAGGAGACACCGUGAUCGUAGCAAUUCCCCAGAUAGGAGGAGGACCAGUCAGUCCAACACUCGAUCUCACCGCGAACGAGACAACAGAAAAGAUUCGCCACAAAGAGCCAGAGCCCAAGCAAGCCCAAGCUGCGGAGGAAGGCGCGAGGAAGAAGAAGAAGACUCUGCUGUCAUCAAACAUGGAGUGAUCAACAUGAUCUCUGGCGGAUUGAGCGGAGGAGGAGAAACGUCGAACGCCAGAAAGAAGCACUUAAAACAAUGCUUGGCGGUUGCAGGCAAAGUGAUCAGCAAAGUAAAAGACGAGCAUGGUACAGCCAGGCCCAACAUCGUUUGGGAUAGCAGCGAUUUGGGCGACGUUCUCCCAGGACAUGACGACCCGCUCGUCAUUCAAGCAAUAAUUGCCAACUUUGGCAUUAACUUCGUAUUUGUUGAUCACGGAAGUUCCGCCGAUAUCUUAUUCUUACCAUGUUUUAAGGCGUUAGGAUUUACGGUUAAUGAUUUAACUCCUGUCGCAGGUGAACUCUCAGGUUUCAAUGCUACCACAACCAAGCCACUGGGAGUGAUAAACUUACGACUCUCCCUUGGAACGCCGCCAGCGUCGCGGUCUGCAGACAUCCAGUUCCUGGUGCUCGACACGCCAUCAGCUUACAACGCCAUUCUUGGCAGAAGGAUGUUCGCCGCCUUUGAGGCGAGCGUCUCACACCCUCAUUUGGUGAUGAAGUUCAUAGCAAGAGAUAAUAAAGUCGCCACAGUGCGAGGAGAUCAAAUAGUAGUCGGAGCUGCUACAACAUAUCCUUGA